AUGAAGAGGAUACUAAGAAAUCUAAAGGGAACUCUCGACUAUGGAAUUUUGUUUCCUACAGCUAAAAAAGGAAAAGAAUGCAAGCUAGCGGGUUUCACCGACUCAAGUUGGUGUAGUGAUACUGAGGAUAGAAAAUUCAUAUCUAGCUAUGUGUUUAUACUAGGUGGUGUACCAGAUGCUUGGAGUUCAAGAAAGAAACCAUUAGUAGCAUUGUCGUCGUGUGAAGUAGAGUACAAAGCUGUUUCUCUUUGUCCAUGUCAUGUAAGGUGGAUGGUGAAUUUGGUCAAAGAGAUUAAAGUGAAGGAUCAUGGAGCGAUUACCAUGAAGAUCGACAACAUAUAUGCUGCCAAUGUGGAGAAGAAUCCGAUAGCACAUAGAAGAAGCAAACACAUCAAAAUGAGGUUCUAUUAUCUUCGAGAGCAGUUGGCAGGUGGGAAGCUAAACUUGGAACACUGCAGAACUGAGAAUUGGAUUGCAAACAUUAUGAUGAAUGGAGUGCAAGUCAAAGUGUUCAAGAAGUUAAGAUCUAUGAUGAAUGUAGAUUGUUUAGACACAAUGAAUUAUGUGAUGUGUUGA